AUGGCUGGCUGGCUGGGCAGCGGCUCUCUCUGGCUCCUGGCGCUGGCGUGCCUUCUGCAGCGCGCCCAGGUGAGGAAGCCGGUGCGGUGUCCCGCCAUCUGCAGCUGCACCAAAGAGUCCAUCAUUUGCGUCGGAGCGGCGGCGGUGCCGCGGAGCCCCGGAGACAUCAGCUCCUUGUAAGUCGAGCCGAGAAGGGUGAUGGGUGGGUGGCUGGCUGGCGCGCAACGCAGCGCGCGGAUGGAACCAGACCUGGGGCGGCGCGUGUGCAUGUUUUACUUGAGAUUCCUGCAUUGCAGGGGGUUGGGCUGGAUGACCCUCGGGGGUCUCUCCCUCCCCCUUCCGACACUCACUCCGCGAUUCUAGGAUUCUGACGUUCAGAGGGUGUUAGGAAAAGCAAAGCACCAAACUUGCCCCCUCCGGCUGCUCCGUGCAAACAGUGCGCAUGGGAAGGGAGGCGCCCGCCUGGCGUUUCCGGAGAUGCCUGCGCGGUCGCGCGUUGCUGGCUCAGCCGGGGAGAUGUUGUUUUAGGGCGAGCAGAAGAUGCUGCAGCAGCAGGCAGUUCCAGAGAUGUCAAAAGAGUCGAGAGGGGCGGGUGAUGCGGGAGAAAAGGCCCAGCCUAUGAAACUCAAAGAAUUGGGGAGAUGCAGUGAGUAAGUGGCCAUGUUCUCACUAGAGGGGAAGAAAUGAUUUUCAGCUGGUCUGAACUAUCUUGGAACAAAUAGGAUUCAGGGUCCUGGAAGUUGAGAGUGAGUUCACUGCCUUUGGUAAUGUAGGACUUUUCAACUUGCCUCGCUUUAAAAUCUGCUAGGCUUUAAAAGCCUUCAGUCAGUCUUCAAUUCUGUUUCACUCACUGAUUGCUUCUGUUCAGUCAUAUGUCAUCUGUAUCUACAGCUAUAGCACAAAGGCACAAAUAUAUUACAGUGCAUAUAUGUAAUAAGUAGGAAAAUAAAUCCAUAAUAUAAGGGGACGAAGAAAGCAGUUCCCGAUUCACUUUUCAGACAGAGGCAGUCAAAUGCACACAAUAUUUUGGAUGAAUUGAUAAAUACGGUGAAAGGAGACCAUAGAAAACUUCCGGAGGAGCAGGUUAAGAACUGUAAGGAAGGUCAUGGAAAAGCUGUUAAGAAAGAGAGUCAUAAUGAUGAUGGUAAUAAUAACAAGAAAAAGUGUUGUAAUUAGUUCCUAUGGAUUUUCCCUUGUAUUUCCCCCCUCAGGAGCCUGGUAAAUGGAACAUUUUCUGAAAUAAAAGAGAGAAUGUUUUCACAUUUGCCUUCCCUGCAGUUGCUGUAAGUAUUAAAUUUUUAAUUUUUUUUAUAAAAAGAGAUGAUCAAAGCUCUUGCCUGCAAAGAGGCAUCCUGGGACUUUGAAAUAACUGUUUCCAAAUCACAGACUGAGACUCACGAUUGGUGAACGUUAAUUUCUAAAACCACGUAAAGAGCUGAGGAGUCAUUGCUUUGAAAGGAAAGGAAAGGUUAGUGCAGAAUCCAAAAUAAAUUGACAUGCGAUUAUAAAGCUUAUUCUCAAAUCCAGUUUCAUAUUUUUUUAGAGGUGCACAUUACAAACACUUCUCUUGUUUGACAUUCGUUUGAAGGUUUAUGCUAAAAUAUUGGAAGGAAAUUCUGCUCCAACAGCAAUGCUACAUUGUUGAGAAGCACCAAAAGAAACUGGAUUCUUAAACACCACCACCACAAGCAACACCUUUUUAGUAUUCCUACUUAACAGCUUCCUUCUUAUAUCUCUGCCAUAGCAGUAUAAUUCCCUAUUUGGUUCCUUCCAUAUCCAAGUUGGCAUGAGUAUGCUUAGUUCCCACCAUGCUUUUGAAUCGCAAUUCGCAUUGUUGUCUCAAACUCCUUGGGCCUUCCUUUCUUCUGAGAAAGAGAAGGUGCCUCCCAGGCUCUCAAUCGUGGGUGGGAAGGAGACAGGAGCUUGCUUGAUGGCUUGGCAGUUGCCAAAAUCUACACCCCACGCUGUAAUUUUAUCUUGGUUUGGGAAUUGUUGGUGAAGUUGACUAAACAGCAGCCGUGCUGUCUCUCCUGACCACCUAACAACCAAUACAGAUGACCCGGUGAACCAGCCACAAAACUUGCAUGGCCCACAGACUGGAAAACAGGUCAUGUAUAUGCUUCCAAUUCUCUAGAUGACUCUCUUGGGAGCAAUGCAGUGAACUGCCAAGCCAUGCAAUCAAUGCGCUGUGUUACACAACAGUUAACAAAGGGGAUAGACUGAGAUUAUUGUUGCGAACUGUGAAGAUCAGCAUCUUAACCUUCCUGUACGAUACUAUCCAAUGCCCUUCAGGUUAUAAGUAAUUGUGGUUGACUUUCGUCUGACUUUACUGAAACUUUUGCAAUCCUUAUCCAUUUUAUGAUUGGCGGUUGCCGUAAUAUUUGCACUCCUGUUUUGUGAUAACUGUAUUUUUGUGCGUGUUUAACUAAUAAAAUGUAGAACUUUGCAAAAGAAUCAGCGCAGCGCAGGCUGCAAGCACCAGCACAUGCUCGUGACGCCAUCAAUUUGUGCUGACGUCAGUCGGCUUCUAGACAGACCUAGAAAGGUCUGCAGGUACCUGCUGUAAUCUGCUGAAGCCUUUUUAUGAAUUAUAGUCCGUCUCCCCGUAUAUAGUGCCCAGUUCCACCCAAACUGGAACUAGGAAAUCCGGUCAAAAUUUCAACUUUAGAAAGACUUCAAUGGUCACGGUAGAAAUUAAUGGUAACUGUGGAAAAGUGACAACAAUUUAUCCUUAGAGUUUGUUGGUUCCACAAGCACCUCUGUCCUAGCCUGUCCCUCUGUGGACUUUUGGUCUACAGUUGCUUUACACCAGGAAGAGAGCUGGAUUAUACCCAUCUGAGGAUAAGGAUGGCACCACCCAUCUUUGCUUCCCUUUCCCUUGAAAGUGGAGAGAAGCCCCUAGAAAUGUGUUUAUGGCCUGAAAGGUGGGAGAGUCCCUGUAGAUUUGCAGUGUAGGGACGCGGGUGGUGCUGUGGGUUAAACCACAGAGCCUAGGACUUGCUGAUCAGAAGGUCGGUGGUUCGAAUCCCCACGACGGGGUGAGCUCCUGUUGCUCGGUCCCUGCUCCUGCCAACCUAGCAGUUCGAAAGCACGUCAAAGUGCAAGUGGAUAAAUAGGUACCGCUCUGGCGGGAAGGUAAACGGCGUUUCCAUGCGCUGCUCUGGUUCACCAGAAGCGGCUUAGUCAUGCUGGCCACAUGACCUGGAAGCUGUAUGCCGGCUCCCUCGGCCAAUAAAGCGAGAUGAGCACCGCAACCCCAGAGUCGGCCAUGACUGGACCUAAUGGUCAGGGGUCCUAUUACCUUUACCUUACAGAGUUGUAGUGCAAUUCUGUUCUUUUAUGCAUUUCUGCUGCACUGGGCUCACUAGGAUGAGCUACUCUUUUCUAGCAGUCAUAGAUUCUGUUCCUCUUAUUCUGCUAUCCAAGAGCACCUCUAACCCCCUUUUUUAAUCCAAUAGCGUCGUGUCUUGCCACUCUGCUCUUCCAAGGUGGUCCUGGCUUGUUCUAUCGAGGUUCUGAGAGCAUUUUCCAUACAAAUCACUAUAUCAACAUUCAUAUUAAUAUUUUCUAUGGUUAUUAAAUGAUGACCAUAUUUUGGCAUUGAUUUUUUGUGUGUACUGUUUUACUCAGCUCUCUUUUUAAACUAUAAAACAUUAAACGACACUAUAGGAAUCCAAGUCAGCAGAAAUGCUAAAUGAAUGUUUGACAGUGAUGUAGAACUGUGACUAAUCUAUCAGUCAACCAACCAACCCUUUCAAUGCAUUCCAUCGUGGCUUCCCAACACUCUGCCACACCCCAGUGUGGUAAAGAAACAGAACCCAGGGUACAGCUGUGUAGACAGAGGGGGAGGCAGAACACCCAGUGAGGUGGCCAUAAUCCAUCAUUCAGCUGAGUUGACCUCUCCCUCCUCCAGCUGCCACCACAAGGCUACCUAAGGACCAUCUUGCCCUGAAAGGGGGUGGGGGGUGGGAAGACAGAACAGCCUGGUGAGUUGCCCAAAUUUUAUCUCCUGGUGUUCCAGCUAAAGUGGUCUCUCCCCAAACCGCCAGCCCAUGGCUACAUAAAAAAAAUCUUGCCCUAGGAGAGGAGAGAUCUAACUAUAUCCUAAAUAAAUAAAAUAAAAUCCUAUAUUUAAAAUACAGUCAUACUUUGGGUUGAAGUAGCUUCGGGUUGAGUGUUUUCAGGUUGCGCUCCGUGGCGACCCGGAAGUAAUGGAACGCGUUACCUCCAGGUUUCGCCGCAUGCACAAACGCUCAAAAUGACGUCAUGCGCAUGCGCAGAAGCGGCGAAUUGCAACCUGCGCAGACACGGGUUGUGUUUGCUUCAGGAUGCAAACGGGGCUCCGGAACGGAUCCCGUUCGCAUCCAGAGGUACCACUGUAAGUGGCUAUCACUCAAUCCUAUGGGGGGAAGUAAAUCACUGCACUUGACAACAACGUUCUGGUGGGCCACCAACAUCCCCAGUCCCUCUGAUAUUGAGGUGACCUAGCUAUCACAUACAAGGCACAUCCUGGAAGGGAGCAAGGUUCCACUUUCUCCAAUUCCUGCCAUUCACAAAGUUGAAAGAUUUAGGACAAGAAAAAAGGAAGUAUUUCUUCAUGGAGCACAGAAGACAGUGGUGGCCACCAAAUCCUAUGGUUUUAGAAGGGAAUUGGACAAAUUCAUGGAGGAUAACUCUACCGGUGGCUACUAGCCAGAAUGGCUGUGCUCUACCUACACUGUGAGGGGCAGUAUCCUUCUGAAUGCUAGUUGCUGGAAACCACAGAAGGGGAGACUUUACUUUGAAAAAAUUAGAGUGUUCAAAGCAGGCCAGUCACCAGAAUACUCCAGCUAGGAAUAAUGGAAUAGGACUCUGGUUCUAUUUUGUUGGUUUUCGGAACUGGGGCCAUGAUUAAGAGGGACGGCCGGGGGCAUUCAUAUUGUGCCGCUAGAGGUGGAAUUCUUGGACGAACCAGAGCGAAAGCAUUUGCCAAGAAUGUUUUCAUUAAUCAAGAACGAAAGUCGGAGGUUCGAAGACGAUCAGAUACCGUCGUAGUUACGACCAUAAACGAUGCCGACUAGCGAUCCGGUGGCGUUAUUCCCAUAACUUACCUUUGUUGAUAUCUACAGGGGCCUGGCUAAAGGAACUUUAAAGACUGAAUCUUCCUUUUGGACACAAUUUGAAUGAGUUUUCUGUUUGUGGCUUCUGUAGUAGAUCUUGUACAUAGCUCUCUCAAUUUUUGGAUUAUUAAUAUAAGAUUUAGAACGUAGAAUGGUUUGGUAGCAUUUUGUGUGCCGCUUAUGUGCUGCUUACUUUAUACUGGCCUUCCUACUCGUGGGCUUCCCACAGGUAGCUGGCUGGUAGCUGUGUGCUGGACUAAAAGGGACAUUGGCCUGCUCCAGCAGGCUCUUGGGACGUGGGUGGUGCUGUGGGUUAAACCACAGAGCCUAGGACUUGCCGAUCAGAAGGUCGGCGGUUCGAAUCCCCGCGACGGGGUGAGCUCCCGUUGCUCGGUCCCUGCUCCUGCCAACCUAGCAGUUCGAAAGCACGUCAAAGUGCAAGUAGAUAAAUAGGUACCGCUCCAGCGGGAAGGUAAACGGCGUUUCCGUGCACUGCUCUGGUUUGCCAGAAGCGGCUUAGUCAUGCUGGCCACAUGACCCGGAAGCUGUACGCUGGCUCCCUCGGCCAAUAAAGCGAGAUGAGCGCCGCAACCCCAGUCGGUCACGAUUGGACCUAAUGGUCAGGGGUCCCUUUACCUUUACCUUUAUCAGGCUCUUAGUUCUUAUGUCCUACUACCUACAGAGUUAUAUUUGAUAACAAAGCAAUGUGUGCUUAGUUGCACCAAAGCAGGGUGUGUGAGAGAGAGAGUAUUAAACGCUCACUGAUGACUUGUUAAUGGUUCUUUUUAUGCAUUCUGAAGAAACUGACUAAGGGAAAUUCAGCUUUGUCUAGCAUUUCUUCACAGUGCUUUAAAUUGUAUGGCGGCCUUUUACAAACAUUCUCCCCCCCCCCCCUUAAUGUUUGCAUUCCGUUUUUUAGACUGCUGAAUUCUAACUCAUUUACUAUCAUACGGGAUGAUGCCUUUGGUGGUCUGUUCCAUCUCGAGUACUUGUAAGUUUCUUCUUUUGUUUACUGUAGUAAACUAAGAUUUCUUAAAUGGAUGAAGCUGCUCUGAAGAUUUACCAGUGCACUGUCCCGGAAGGAAAUGUUCUUUUCUCUAGAUGACAUUACAUGUUGUGACUCAGGCGGGGCAAGUGAAUGCGUGUGAACAUUCUCAUAUUUCUGCUUUCCACUGCAAGAUAUAAUGUGCAUACUAGGAACGAAUACAAUUCCCCAACUGGAGCUGCCUGGGCUCCAGAAACAGGGAGCUCUCGUGCGUUUCUCCACAGGAAAUGUACAUGAAUUCCCAUUUAGCACAUGGCAACUUGCAGUGGAACGCUGAUGUGCAAUAUUGCUUGCCUUUCUCUUUCUUCAGCACUUAACGUCUAAUUAUUUCCGGAGGGCUAGCUAUGCUUGUCUGUUUCAGCAAAACCAACAGUCUUGUGGCACCUUCAAGUUUGCUAGUCUUUAAGGUGCCACACAACUCUUUGUCGUUAAGCACCGUAUAAGGUUUUGCACAAAACUGGAGAAGUUAUAGAUUACUUUGAACGUGUAUUUUGUGUUACAUUUCAUGUGUUAAGGGUCAGGACUCCACACACUGCAAAGGGGCUUUGAAUUGUCUUUUCACAAACAACAGGCCCCCUACCACCAACUGGUCAUGUUCAAGCUCUUUGGUGUGCCUGAAGUAGCUCUUUGGAUCCCAGCCAACGUGAUAAUGAUUAAGAGCUGGUGAUAAAUUGGGCACCUCAUUCCAGCUGAGACGUAUUGUGUGUGGACUCAAUAGGAGAGCAUUUAAAGCUCACGAAAUGUGUCGAAUUACUGUGAGUUAAAUGAUGGAGUUCCACAGAAAAAUGGGGAAUUUGACCCAAACAAAUAUAUGUUUUCUAAGCGCAGUCAUAAAGGGACGUGGGUGGCGCUGUGGUCUAAACCACUGAGCCUCUUGGGCUUGCCGAUCAGAAGGUUGGCGGUUCGAAUCCCCACAACGGGGUGAGCUCCCAUUGCUUGGUCCCUGCUCCUGCCACCCUAACAGUUCGAAAGCACGUCAAAGUGCAAGUAGACAAAUAGGUACCUCUCUGGCGGGAAGGUAAAAGAUGUUUCCGUGCGCUGCUCUGGUUUGCCAGAAGCAGCUUAGUCAAGCUGGCCACAUGACCCGGAAGCUGUCUGCAGACAAAUACUGGCUCCCUCGGCCUUUAGAGCGAGAUGAGUGCUGCAACCCCAGAGUCGUCUGCGACUGGACCUAACGGUCAGGGGUCCCUUUACCUUUACCUAAGUGCAAUCAUGUGCUCUGUUGCAUCCCAAUUGAUGCAUUUCCCCCUCUGUGCCAUAGAAUUAAUGUCAAAAAUAACAAAUAAGGAUGACAGAAAUAGCUACAGCCCUUAAUAUUACCACUGCAUGGUACUGUUGCUGUUUACAUUAAAAAAUGGAAACACAGCCUCAGCUGUGGUGUGUCAUCAGCCAAUGCGGCCCUUCGCCACACUUACUUCACUAGCCUCUUAGAACCAGGUGCCUUCCGAUUAAACAAAAAAGAUGGCUCCCCACCUUCUCACUGACCUCCUUUUCAUUCUAUAUCCUAACCACAAAAUAAAAAUGCUCACAUGCAUAUAUCUCAUGCUGCUUCAGAAGGCCAAUCCAUAUUACAUAUGGUUUUGAUUAAGUUAAUGCCACGAUGACAAGGGAGGGUUACAGAUUGGGUGCAAAAAGCAAAUGUAUUCCCUCUGCCCAAACUUGAUUUAUACUGUUCCUCCAUAACAAAGAUCCAACCCAAUUCAUAUUUUAAAUGUGACAAACCCUUGGUUUUAUGCCAAAUAGUCUUAAUUUGUUGCUGGGUUGUUGUUUUUUAUAAGAAAUUGAUUUUAGUGACGUAGCCUACUUUAGCUGUGCUUUACACAUUUUAUGAGCAUCUUUGUAUGGUGCUUUGAGUUGUUUCUGUAAUAAAAAAAAGUAAGGUAUAAAUGUUGAAAUCAGUAAGUCCUUUUCAGUCCUACUGAUUUCAGUAGGAGAGAUAAUCACAUAGUUUAAUAUCUCCCAUUGUAACCAGUGGGACUUAAAAGUUCUGGGUCAUGAAUUUCCUUUUAUCUUGGUUCUAGAAUUUUGCAGCUUCAACUCAGGAGAGUGGGGUUACAAAUGUGUGAAGAACUAUAACAGCACAAGCCUAUGCAUGCUUACUCAGAAGUAUGUCCCAUUAUAUUCACUGGGGUUUACUUUCUAGGUGUCCAUAGGAGUACAGCUGGGAAGGCAAUGUAUUCAUUAUGCUGCAAGCUCCUGGUUUCCUUCAUUUCUUUUGCACCUAGUGCCUCUUAAAAAAUUAUGUUCACAGUUUUUUUCCAAAAAAAAUAAAAAAAUGUGGCCAAAUGCUUGUGCAUUGAAACAACACCAGUCCAACCUGGUGAUGUUAUGAACGUAGGCCAAGUGGCAAAGAGUUAGCCACUGUCUAGUUGGGGCUAUUUAAGCAGUAUAUAUGUGUGGGACGCGGGUGGCGCUGUGGGUUAAACCACAGAGCCUAGGACUUGCCAAUCAGAAUCCCCACGAUGGGGUGAGCUCCCGUUGCUCAGUCCCUGCUCCUGCCAACCUAGCAGUUCGAAAGCACGUCAAAGUGCAAGUAGAUAAAUAGGUACCACUCAGGCGGGAAGGUAAACGGUGUUUUCGUGCGCUGCUCUGGUUUGCCAGAAGCAGCUUAGUCAUGCUGGCCACAUGACCCAGAAGCUGUACGCUGCUCCCUUGGCCAGUAAAGCGAGAUGAGCACCGCAACCCCAGAGUCACCCACGACUGGACCUAAUGGUCAAGGGUCCCUUUACCUUUACUUAUGUCUCACUCACAGGGACAGUUGUUACAUGACAAGCAAUAAAAGCAUAUUGCAGCCUGACCCAAAGUCUAGCAAGAGCCCUGCUGCUCACACAAAGCUCCUGAGGGUGACUCUCGUGUGUGCACUGAAAUGAGCAGUUUGGUUAAUGGAGGCUUUUGUUAAUCAGACCACAUCAGACACUUAAGCCAAGAAAAGUGGAAUAAUUGGUGCUAUUUUUAUAGAAAAAGAGGUGCCGGAACUCACAGCAAUGGCACCCACAUGAGAGGUGCCGGAAUAGAGUUCCAGCGAGUUCUGUCUGGGGAAAAAGCCCUGGGAAUAAUGCUGUUCACUUUUUAUUCAGUAUUUGCUUUUGUUCUUCUACCAGACGAACUGAAACAUUCUCUUUAACAUGUGUCUUUCAAUCAAAUCUUUCUGCAUAGAUUUAUUGAAGGAAACAAGGUAGAAACCAUUUCAAGAAACGCAUUUCGUGGCCUUCGAGAUUUGACACACCUGUAAGUCUUUUAAUGCUACUUUGAAUUAUUUAUAUCUUGCCCCAAACUAGAUUUUCCAGUACCUGCACUGUAGGUACAGCUAUGGCAUUUUUCUCACUUCACUACAUAAGCUGCAGUGGGCUGUGCAAAACUGAAACAAGAAAUGUUCUAGCCCUCAUUGUUGGAUAAAGUCAUUUUUUUUUUUGUUAAGACUAAAGAAUCAAAUGAACCUAGAAUAGGUGGUGGGAGGCAACGUAUUCUGUGUUCUUCAUGUGCUCUACAAGACACUUAGAUUGCAAUCACCUCAUGGUUUACAUAAAAACAGCUUCUUCUCCAGAGCGAUCUCGGCCCUGAAUGGGAAGCCCAGACUUUGAAAGUCAUCUAAUCUCCCUUGCUGUAUUAUACUGUAUUGAUUAAUUAGAGUUUUUAUGGAGCAGUCAAGUAAUUUUGUUGUCCCCGAAGGGGGCAAUGACAAUAAAGAUAUUAUUAUUAUUAUUAUUAUUAUUAUUAUUAUUAUUAUGAGAAACACAUUGUGUGGAGUCAAUUUUAGGGGUGUUUCUUUCAUGGUAAAUGAUUACAGUCAUACCUUCGGUUAAAGUUGCUUCAGAUUGAGCAUUUUCGGGUUGCACUCCGCAGCGACCCAGAAGUAACGGAACACGUUACUUCCGGGUUGCGCCACUCGUGCAUGCGCAGAUGCUCAGAAUGACAUCACACGCAUGCGCAGAAGCAGUGAAUCACGACCCGCGCAGACGCGGAUUGCGUUCUCUUCAGGAUGCGAACGGCGCUCCGGAACGGAUCCCGUUUGCAUCCAGAGGUACCACUGUAUUGGUGUCAUAAGACAAUGUCUGAAUAUUUCACGGCUAGUUCAAAAUAUAAACUAUUUCGUAAUGUGGGGAGUAAACGUGUCAGAUUUUGCAAGAGUCCCAGACAAGCCUGGCAUUUAGCAACAUCAUUAGGCAUCAGCUGGGGUCCCUGCGCUGGUCAAGAAGGUCGGGUCAGGGGUCUCCGACUCACUAACCCAGAACAUCAGAAAUUGCAAAUCAACAUGAUAAUUUUUAAAUAUCCUUAUCUGCAUGUUCCAACAUAUGCACAAGGCAACAUGUAUGUCUAAUUACUUUCCCUCCUCUUCAUUUCUGGACCCAAUGAGAAGCAGGAAGAGCCAUAAUGGCUGCUCAGGGGCUUAAUGAGGCAGCCAAUGAGCAUUUUCUGUUAAAAGCAGGAAGAACUUGUUCCUAAAGUUGAUUGUGUGAGGGAGGCUGGGCAUGUGGCCUAGAAGGAGCGAAUGCAAAUUCAGCAGGCUCAUUACUGUACUUAAAAUACAUAAUUCUACCUUUGUAGGUGUACUUUCUUCAUCCUAAGCCACAAAACCAGAACGAAAUCUGUUUGAUGGCACCUUGAGACUAGUUUUUGCAAAGCUGGUCAUUACAAACUUAUAAACAAGAGCUGCGACUUUCUAUUCUCAUGAAUUAAGUCAGGAGUGUUAAGGUUUCCAUUAACGUUCAAGGGUUUUGCGUAAUUCAUUCAUAAUCCUAUUAGUCAUUGUCAACAUUGGGAAUUGGGCAUCAUCCAACGGUUAACAUUAGCUAAGUGCUGCUCUAUUUAGUGAUUAUCAUCUCUUCAACUAUUUUAACACCUAACUUUACUUUUUCCAGUUCUUUGGCCAAUAACCAGAUUAAAGCUUUGCCAAGGGAUGUCUUCAGUGAUUUAGAUUCUCUGAUUGAACUGUAAGUAAAGCCAACCAAACCAUUUGUGGUGUUGUUUUUGCAAGCCUGUGUGGGUUUCUAAACUCCGAGUUUGGAAUUUGGAAUAUUGUUUGUCGUUUGAACUGAUUCUGAAAACAAAUACAUCAACCGGCACUUGCUUUCUGGUAGCCUGAUUCCAGAUUGCCAAGUGAAAUAUUUUUCAUUACCUUUUUGCUAACGUUCUCAUGAUAGCAAUAGUCAUGGUAAUUAAUUCUUCUGCAUGGGUGCUUUAUCUAACAUUUGGGUGCAUGCGACCAUCCACUUUUAAAUUAUAUAUUGCUAAGUAAAUAUAUAUAUUCUCAAGUAACAUGUACAUCACUUGAGUUGCCAUCUCUCAAUUAUUCAACACUUGGUGACUGAAAGCUGAAUAUAUGAAAUGACUCCACGAAUAGAAUGUGCCCUUAUCCGACACAAAGAAACGUGUGCAAACUAGGGGCAUUUGCACAUUUUACUGACUCAAAAGCCCACCUAACUUUUUUCAGAUCUCACUAGACACCUUAGAAUUCCAGCCCAUUGACAGCAUUUCCAGUGUACUUCUGGGCCAAAUUUGAUGUUAAAUUGAAUUACUUUGUUACUUUCCUCCAUAUUUCUUUUAAACCAAAAGCAGUACAGUGGUACCUCGGGUUAAGUACUUAAUUCGUUCCGGAGGUCCGUACUUAACCUGAAACUGUUCUUAACCUGAAGCACCAUUUAACUAAUGGGGCCUCCUGCUGCCACUGCACCGCCGGAGCACGAUUUCUGUUCUCAUCCUGAAGCAAAGUUCUUAACCCGAGGUACUAUUUCUGGGUUAGCGGAGUCUGUAACCUGAAGCGUAUGUAACCUGAAGCGUAUGUAACCCGAGGUACCACUGUAUUGACAAGCUGCCAUGCAGGACUGAAGAAGGGCAUGUAGAGAUAGCCUUCAUGCUAUCUUUCAACUCAAAAUUGCCCACCUUGCAAGGGGAAAGAUAUGGGAUCCUUCAUCUUUUCACCCAAGCGUGGGAAAGUAGCUGGGCGUGUAUGUGGACAAAAUGCAGGACUGGAAAGGGUUUAGCAGCCACCUUCCCCCUCCAGCUGAUCUUCGGUUCUCCAUUCCAGUCUCUGGGGAAAACAAAUAAGGAAGGAGGGUUGGAAAAGAGACCCACAGAAAUCUAGUAUAGUUGACUGACUUGGUUUCGAAAAAGUGUAAGUGAAUCAGGGAUGCAAUCCUCAAAGCCAUACUCUGUUUCCAGUGUCACACCAGUCACAAUGCCCUAGUUUAAGCGCUUAUUCAACAGUGCAUUUUUGUGAAAGUGCAGAUAUACUAAAAGCCACAUUCAGCAGUAACCUUUUAGAGAUCUGCUUGGGAGGAGGCUCUGUUCCAAAAUUUUAAAUGUACUCCAAGGUUUCUUUGUGUGGUUUAGGUUUUUUUUAAUGUCGAUAGAAAUGCUUGUGAUAUUUUGUGGUUUAUGCAAGAACAGCUGGCACGAUGGGGCAGGGAAGUACGAUGGUGGAGGCUGGGGCUCUGCGGGUGCCCCACCCUGAUAAACAGCAGUGAUGCUGGUGUCAGAAAAGCAACAAUGUCCCGCUACACCAGCCGCUCCUGGGUUUCUGCCACCUAAUACAGUGGUACCUCGGGUUACAUACGCUUCAGGUUACAUACGCUUCAGGUUACAGACUCCACUAACCCAAAAAUAGUACCUCGGGUUAAGAACUUGACCUCAAGAUGAGAACAGAAAUUGUGUUCUGGCAGCGCGGCAGCAGCAGGAGACCCCAUUAGCUAAAGUGGUGCUUCAGGUUAAGAACAGUUUCAGGUUAAGAACAGACCUCCAGAACGAAUUAAGCACUUAACCUGAGGUACCACUGUAUUACCAAAAAGCAUAACACAGGAGGAAAUAAAUAAAUGACUCUCCCAUACAGGAAAUCUAUAUUGCAUUUACAGUGGUACCUCGGGUUACAAAUGCUUCAGGUUACAGACGCUUCAGGUUACAGACCCUGCUAACCCAGAAAUAGUUCCUCGGGUUAAGAACUUUACCUCAGGAUGAGAACAGAAAUCGUGCUGUGGUGGUGCGGCGGCAGCGGGAGGCCCCAUUAGCUAAAGUGGUGCUUCAGGUUAAGAACAGUUUCAGGUUAAGAAUGGACCUCCAGAAUGAAUUAAGUUCUUAACCCGAGGUACCACUGUACAGUGCUGCCGCGCCGCCAAAGCAAGAUUUCUGUUCUCAUCCUGAAGCAAAGUUCUUAACCUGAAGCACUAUUUCUGGGUUAGCAGACUCUGUAACCUGAAGCGUAUGUAACCCGAGGUACCACUGUACUAUCUAUCUAUCUAUCUAUCUAUCUAUCUAGAGUGCCUUUUCCGCAGGGCAACAUGCAUGCUGUCAAUCAUCCCACCCACAUUUUACAUUUACCACAACCCUGUGAAGUAGCUGACACUGAGAGAGAAAGUCCAAGGUUACCCAUAUAAGAGUUCAUCGGAGGAAGUGGGUAAUAAAAAUAUGGUAACCUUCAGCUACCAAUAUAAUAAUCCUUGGAAAGUAUUAUAUUAGAUCUCCUAAAUAAUGGGAAAUGAUUGUUCCACCAAAUUAAUACAGUGGUGCCCCGCAAGACGAAUGCCUCGCAAGACGGAAAACCCGCUAGACGAAAGGGUUUUCCGUUUUGGAUGUGCUUCGCAAAAAGAAUUUCCUAUGGGCUUGCUUCGCAAGACGAAAAUGUCUUGCGAGUUCCUGCGUUUUUUGUUUCCUUUCCCCUCCCUUUUUCCCAAGCCGCUAAGCCGCUUAUCAGCUGAUCCUAAGCCGCUAAGCCGCUUAACAGCGAUCCGCUAAGCCGCUUAUCAGCUGAUCCGCUAAGCCGCUUAACAGCUGAUCCGCUAAGCCGCUUAUCAGCUGAUCGCUAAACCGCUAAGCCGCUUAUCAGCUGAUCCACUAAGCCCGCUAAGCCGCUAAUAGCGCUAAUCCGCUAAGCCGCUAAUGGGCUUGCUUCGCAAGACGAAAAAACCGCAAGACGAAGCGGAACGGAUUCUUUUCCUCUUGCGAGGCACCACUGUAAGUGUGUUCUUUAGGUUAUGCACAAUAUACUUUGUGACAGCUUGUAUUCACAGAUAUAUUUACAGCAUAGAGUUAUCUCAACAAAUUUGCAGCAUGUUACAACCCCUUAUGUAUUUCACCUGUACAACCUCCAAGCAUUUUAACAUCACCACCUCCCCACCCCAUGUAGAAAGCAGGGUUUGUGGGCUGUCAACUUUUUGACCAGAAUCAGUUUUGAACUGUUCUAAUGUUCUUUGAGUUAAAUAUUACAAGUAACUUGAAGAAAUACUUGACUGUUGGCUCAAUAACAACCUUUUCAAAUCUGUUUUUUUUUUUAUGUGACCUUUUAGAGAUUUAAGGGGAAAUAAGUUUGAAUGUGACUGCAAAGCCAAGUGGUUGUUUUUGUGGUUAAAGAUGACCAAUUCCACUGUUUCUGAUGUCCUGUGUGUUGGUCCAGCCGAAUUUCAGGACAAGAAGUUAAAUGAUGUCUCAAGUUUUGAUGACGAAUGCACCACUACAGGUAUAUUUCAUAGCAAAUGAAUAAUGAGAAGUCUGAGCUAUGCAAGUCCACGAACCAAGAACGCUGAUAAGGUGUUUUCCCAGACUGCUGUUCUGCUAGCAUUGACACAAAUGUCCUAUUUUUAAUUGUCCCAGUUUAUUAUUUACAUGGCAAGUGAUGACAGCUUAGUUAAAAAGCUAAUCCUUAUUUCUCAGAAAUCCACUCCUUUGUGUGUAAAAUGUUCUCCUUCUACCUAAUUCUUAAUCUUCUCCUACAUCCCUGCUUCCUGACACCUUCUGUUCUGUUGUUUUUCUGAAACACUUACUAGUAAGGCCUAGUAAGCCUUACUUCUGAUUAAGCAUAUGUAGUAUUGCACUGUUAGAAUGGAUUUGUCUUCCUGGAUCUGCUCAGACAAAGGAAGGUAAGACAAGACUAAUGGUAGAAUUAAAGGUUAUGGACUUCAUGGCUCUGUUGGCAAAAACUGUGAUCUAGUGUCUCAUUCCCAGUAGCAUGUAGUGACACGAUUACCCUGUGUCGUCACUUCACCACAACUGUAUAUUUUCCCUCUCUUGCUAGUGGCAGCUAAUGUAGAGAAGUGGAGUGGGGAAACAGUUUAGGGACCGCAUGCUGUGCGAUGCGUCUCGCUCAGGGCACAGGGGAGAACUAAAUAUAGACAGUGAUGUUUUCAACACCAGCCCUGUGUCCUUCUGUCGCAUCUAGUUCAACUUUAAGUUCUCCGUUUUGCUAGUAUGAACCUGGAUUCAAAGAAUGGGCAGCUUUUUCUCCCUGCACGUGAAGUCAAAGCUUCAAGUGCCAUUUAAUACUUAAUAAUAGUAAUAAUAAUAAAGGGACGUGGGUGGCGCUGUGGGUUAAAUCACAGAGCCUAGGACUUGCUGAUCAGAAGGUCAGCGGUUCGAUUCCCCGCGACGGGGUGAGCUCCCAUUGCUCGGUCCCUGCUCCUGCCAACCUAGCAGUUCUAAAGCACGAAGUGCAAGUAGAUAAAUAGGUACCACUCCAGCGGGAAGGUAAACGGCGUUUCCGUGCACUGCUCUGGUUUGCCAGAAGUAGCUUUGUCAUGCUGGACACAUGACCCGGAAGCUGUACGCCGGCUCCCUCGGCCAAUAAAGCAAGAUGAGUGCCACAACCCCAGAGUUGGUCACGACUGGACCUAAUGGUCAGGGGUCCCUUUACCUUUACUACUACUACUAAUUUAUUUGUACCCCGCCCAUCUGGCUGGGUUUCCCCAGCCACUCUGGGUGGCUUCCAACAAAAGAUUAAAAAUACAUUGAAACUUCAGUGAUUAAAAACUUCCCUAAACAGGGCUGCCUUCAGAUGUCUUCUAAAUGUCAGGUAGUUGUUUAACUCUUUGAUUGUGUGCAGCAGGCACACAAACCCACAAGAACUCCUGAGUGUGGGGAUCCUCCUCUCUUUCACAUGCAUGCAUGUCUCUUUUAAUAUUCUGAUAUCAGCAAUAGUAGAAUAGCAGAGACAUCACCUAGCCAACAAAGGUCCAUAUAAUUAAAGCUAUGGUUUUCCCAGUAGUGAUGUAUGGAAGUGAGAGCUGGACCAUAAAGAAGGCUGAUCACUGAAGAAUUGAUGCUUUUGAAUUAUGGUGCUGGAGGAGACUCUUGAGAGUCCCAUGGACUGCAAGAAGAUCAAACCUAACCAUUCUGAAGGAAAUCAGCCCUGAGUGCUCACGGCAAGGACAGAUCCUGAAGCUGAGGCUCCAAUACUUUGGCCACGUCAUGAGAAGAGAAGACUCCCUGGAAAAGACCCUGAUGCUGGGAAAGAUGGAGGGCACAAGGAGAAGGGGACGACAGAGGACGAGAUGGCUGGACAGUGUUCUCGAAGCUACAAACAUGAGUUUGACCAAACUGCGGGAGGCAGUGGAAGACAGGAGUGCCUGGCGUGCUCUGGUCCAUGGGGUCAAGAAGAGGCGGACACGACUUAACAACAAAGAAUAGCAGCAUCCCCCCCCCCCCAUAGAAUUGUAGGAGAAGGAAAUUCUUGGCAAGUCAUUCACAUACCUUGGACAUCAAAAAACUCUCCCUGCCCCCCCCCCCAUUUGUUCAGGUUUCAUAAUGGCAAAGGGCUUUGUGCUCUCCAGCAUUACAAGAGCAAACUGUCAGAGCUGAGAAAUCUUGUUUAGGGGGCGAUAUAAAAGUAGAUUAGUCUUACUAUAAACUCCCAAGACAAAAUGCGAAAUGCAAGUAAGGAGGCAGGAAGAUUUAAGCACUCAGUGGGAAAUCUUAAGAGUGCCAGAAAAUGUACCAAAAGUAAAGACUGAAAUAAACUGACAUCAAAAUGAGAAAGGAUUGAAAUUUCCCUGGAGUGUAUGAAGAAAAAGUGUCUAUCCAUAGGCAAAGCCUGUUGCUAUUGGUAUGUCUUUACUUUUUGUAGAGGACCAUGCUUUGUUGUUGUUGUUGUUUAGUCGUUUAGUCGUGUCCGACUCUUCGUGACCCCAUGGACCAGAGCACACCAGGCCUUCCUGUCUUCCACUACCUCCCGCAGUUUGGUCAAGCUCAUGCUGGUAGCUUCGAGAACACUGUCCACCCAUCUCGUCCUCUGUCGUCCCCUUCUCCUUGUGCCCUCCAUCUUUCCCAACAUCAGGGUCUUUUCCAGGGAUUCUUCUCUUCUUAUGAGGUGGCCAAAGUAUUGGAGCCUCAGCUUCAGGAUCUGUCCUUCCAGUGACCACUCAGGGCUGAUUUCCUUCAGAAUGGAUUGAUUUGAUCUUCUUGCAGUCCAUGGGACUCUCAAGAGUCUCCUCCAGCACCAUAAUUCAAAAGCAUCAAUUCUUCGGCGAUCAGCCUUCUUUACGGUCCAGCUCUCACUUCCAUACAUCACUACUGGGAAAACCAUAGCUUUAACUAUAUGGGCCUUUAUUGGCAAAGUGAUGUCUCUGCUUUUUAAGGACCAUGCUUAGGCCAUGCAAUUACUAUCAGUGGUGUAUCAGCAAUGCUAAACUAACUGUUGCGUGUUUAGUAGAGUUAUAGCUUCCGUCAUUUACUUCUCCAGAAGUGUGUAGUGAUUAUUUUGAGUUCAGUGGGGGAUGUGCAUAAAUACUGGUGACUGUUAGAUUUCACAUGAUGGCGUGAAGAUUCUUCACUAACAGAGGUCUUCUGCAUUGACCGGUCAACAUGCCUAGUCUUCCAAGUGCUGUUGAGGUGUAUGUACAGGUAGACAAUGUCAACCAGAAAGUAUGUAUACUGGUAUGUCAACAUAAAUAGGAGAUUGGGCCUGGCUGUUGCGCAGAACUGACACAAAUGCCGUGCUUAUUCGCUGAACCAUGUUUGAAACAUUUCUGAUACUUUCACAUUCUCUAGUAUUUGCUGACCGUUAUCUUCACUCACCAGACCAUGUGUAAAAUUCCCUGUUGAUGCUGUCGGUUGGUGCACAUUCUCCUAGUGCCUUCCUGUGAAUGUGCACAAUCACCUGUGUUUAUAUACAUUCACCAAUUCAUUGACGCUGCAUACCUAGUUUGAGGCCGUAGUUAAGAUCAUAUUCUGUGAGUUGUGAUUCUCUGGUUCAAGACCUGACUCAACCAUGUGGGAUGUCUUUAAGCAAGUAACUAUCUCUCACCCAAGGGGCGCGGGUGGCACUGUGGGUUAAACCACAGAGCAUAACACUUGCCAAUCAGAAGGUUGGCGGUUCGAAUCCCCACGAUGGGGUGAGCUCUCGUUGCUCAGUCCCAGCUGCUGCCAACCUAGCAAUUUGAAAGCGUGUCAAAGUGCAAGUAGAUAAAUAGGUACCACUCAGGUGGGAAGGUAAACAGCGUUCCCGUGCGCUGCUCUGGUUCGCCAGAAGCGGCUUAGUCAUGCUGGCCACAUGACCCGGAAGCUGUACGCCGGCUCCCUCGGCCAAUAGAGUGAGAUGAGCGCCGCAACCCCAGAGUCGGUCACGAUUGGACCUAAUGGUCAGGGGUCCCUUUACCUUUACCUCUCACCACCACUACUGCUCAUGGGCAUAAUAUAUUUGCCUACUAUGCUGUUAGGAUUAUGGAAAAUGUGGGGAAAGUAGUAUCUAAAUACUAAAAAAAAUAUUGUUUAUAUUUACUCCAUGUAUUGUAACCUGUAAAUAUCACACAGCAAACUACAGGCUGGUGGCUUGUAGUCUUUGGUGGGUUGAAACUCGCAUAGUAACUGACCAAAGGCUUUUUGAACAUGGUAGUCAGAGGGGCAUCAUCCAGUCACACAGCUGAUCAACAGCUACACAUGAGAAUGUUGGAUAAAAUCAGCGAAAUGUGUUAUAGUUUUCAAAACAACUGCAGGAGAAGGAAAAUGCUGAGAAAGCAAAGCAAUUCUAUUAGUGAAGGAACAAUCUGACGGCCCACCUCUAGAAAGGAAAUUCAUUUUUUAAUAGAGUGUUCCAGCAGUGUGAAGUGAAAUUCUUUAGAAUCCAUACUGUGAAACAAGUUGCUGGGAUGCCCUCCUUUGCUACUGACUUCUGUCAUUUCAGAGCAAACUGGAUACAUCGUUUAAGACUUUCCUUUUCAGAGUCCCCCCACAAAAGGGUAGGACCAUCUGUAUAUAUUAGUUAAUUCAAAAUUUCAAACUUUAAGACUUACAAGAUACUGUAGGUAUCAGAAACCAGAAGAGGCACAGAGGAUAUAGUCACAGAAAGGCACAGUGUGUGGAAACAUGUGUCUUUUAGCACAUAAUAUAUCAUUGGAGUUAAGACCAAAAUUAUGUAGGACAUUGUCAGACUCAUGUCUUUAACUGUGCAGGUCUGCUUCUGAUCAGGUGAAAGUGACUUCAAGUGAAAAAAAGGAGUAAGGUAAAGGUAAAGGGACCCCUGACCGCUAAGUCCAGUCGUGGCCGACUCUGGGGUUGUGCCGCUCAUCUCGCUUUACUAGCCGAGGAAGCCAGCAUAUAGCUUCCGGGUCAUGUGGCCAGCAUGACUAAGCUGCUUCUGGUGAACCAGAGCAGCGCACAGAAACGCCAUUUACCUUCCCGCCAGAGCGGUACCUAUUUAUCUACUUGCACUUUGACAUGCUUUCGAACUGCUAGGUGGGCAGGAGCAGGGACCGAGCAACGGGAGCUCACCCCGUCGUGGGGAUUCGAACCGCCGACCUUCUGAUUGGCAAGUCCUAGGCUCUGUGGUUUAACCCACAACGCCCCCCGCGCCCCCCCAGGAGUACAUGGGUUUAAAUUCAUACUUCAUUCUGCUCCCCCCCCCCCCCGAAGACUGUUCCCCAAAGUAAUUUUUCCAAGCCAGGGUUUUCCAGAGAGAAAUCAGCACAACGUGUCUGUUUUAUGUUUUCUGCCAUGUUCAAUUGUAACAUUUUUGUUGUUUUUAAUUACAAACAUUUCUUUUCAGAUUUUGUGGUUCAUCAGAUUUUACCCUACCAGUCAGUUUCAGUGGACACAUACCACUCAAACAAUGACGUGUAUGUUGCCAUUGCUCAGCCCAGCAUGGAAAAUUGCAUGGUGCUAGAAUGGGAUCACAUUGAGAAGAACUUCAGGAGUUAUGACAACAUUACUGGUAAAAAUGAACACAUAAUUCUUAUUUGUUAUAUUACUUAAUUGAUUAUUAGUGCCUUUUUUUUUUAAGUAUCCGAGUAUCAGGAAAAAAUGCAUAUUGAAAAGAAUAUCUCUUGCUGAUCUCUGCUGAGUUUAGGUUGGAUCCACUGAAAAAUAAAAAAUAGUUUAGUCUAGUUCACUAACAAAAUGGUUAUCAUUAUGAUGGAUAGAAUAUGAGUUCAUAUAUUGCAGGAUCCUCAGAGGGUCACAAGAUGCCACACUCUAGUUUGACCAAGAAAUGGAAUGCAAAGCAGAGCUAUGCAGCAAUAAGUAAACUUGAUUCUUCAGUAUGGAGUACAGUAACACUAUAGACCAAAGCAGACGAAAUGUUAGAGAUCAAAUCUCUUUUAACCCUUAAAAAAAACCAAAAAGCAACCCUCAGCAUCAGAGGUGGGGGGGAUUAAAUUCAAACCUUGGAACUUAAGAGAGGGGGUAUUAACCCUGCCAUACUUUUUCUCAAUAUGGGGGGGGGCGGGGCUUCCAGACUGUCACUAUUUUGGGGUGGGAUUCAAUCAUAAACUGGCAAAUUCAGGGUAUGCAAUUAAAGUUGAUGGGCAUUUUUAUGCGACAACCCAGCUUGACCAAAAUACUGGAUAUAUAUUUUUGCUAUAACGGAAGUGAGACAAAGAUUCACUGGACAGUGUGGAAUAAUGUUUGCUUUGACACAAUGUCAUCUGACCUCCCCAUAAGCAAAUUAGAACGAAUGCUCAUCAAAUAGCCAAUGUCAUCUAAUCUCCCUGCAAUUGGAGGUGGUGCCACCACAGUCUUAGAAAGAGAGGCCCAAUAUUAUUGUUUAGCCCUGCCCAGAUCAACCAAGCAUUCUUUGCCCCCUCUUAUCUUGAGUCCUCCUCCUGAAGGUUUGAGCUGGGUGUUUUUUUGUCUCCAACCAAAUCUUCAUGUUCCCUCAUACAAACACUUUGCUCGCACCUGUGAGGAGAUGAGGCAAGAGCAGCAACAAAAUUGUUGCUUAGAAUUGUAGAGUUGGAAGGGACCUUGAGGAUCUGUGCAGGUCCCGGGGGGGUGUUACCGUGCGGCGUGGUCCGUGUCCGGUCCAAGGCCGAAGAGGGGUCCAAGGCAGGGAGUCGGGAGUGGUCAGGAACUCUGGCAGAAGAGCAGGACAGGGUGCCGGCAGGAACAGGUAACCAACCAUGUUGCUCCCGCAACUUGGGACUGGGGCUGGCCGGCUUUUAUCUGCCCCGAGGCAUAGGGCAGCCCCGGUACACAGGUGAUUCGCCUCUCCUGGCCUGGAGGCGAGCACUCCUCCUGUGAGAACUUAGUUCCCUCCGCCUCUCUGCCCUGAGCCUCUGCAGCUCAGGAGAGGCUGGAGGGUUACCGGACUCAGAGGCAACCUCACCUUCCCCUGACAGGGCUGGGAGAGGAGCACCUGCAGGCAAUGGGUCCUCGAUCACCUCCGGAGCCAGAGCGGAUUCAACUGGUGUCUGCUCCUGAGGAUCUGGCACAGGUGAGGGCCCUUCAGGUUCAAGCCCCUGCCCCGGCUCAGCCGGCCCUGGAGGUGGGGACUCCUGUGCCGGCUGGGAUUCCUCAGGUUCAGCCUCUGAAUCAGAUUCCCAGGCCAUCACAGGAUCAUCUAGUCGAACCACCUGCAAUGCAGGAAUAUGCAGCUGUCCUAUACGGGGACUGAACCUGUAGCCAUGGCAUUAUCAGCACCACGCUCUAACCAACUGAGCUAUCCAGGCUGAUGCGCUUGAGAAAAAUGAAUCACAAACCUUUGUAAUGAAAGAUGCUCCACUGCAUUUAUUCGUUGACUUCUCUCACUUCAGAGGAUUCUAUCAAUUUGGCAAGUAGGAAUCCACAAUGGCCAACUCAAAAUGUUAGUCAAUCACUUCCUGCCCCUUUCUUCCUCCCAUUUCUACCUUAAGACAUGAUGAUGAUGUUUUCUUCAAAUCUUCUCUUUCCCUUCCCAUUCUAUUCUCCCUCUUUGCACAUGACAGCACAAAAUAAGCUCCAUGUUACUAGUUGCUAGAUAAUAAAUGACAGUAUGAUGCUUAUUGAACUGCAUUAGGUCUGAUUAUGAUAAACAGGCCCGUUAGCAUGCAAGAAACUGUUCCAAUUCACUGUCAUUCCCCAUGCUCCUGGGGAUUUUUCUGCCAAAAAAUCUAGACUCUGAACUAAAGUAGGGAGGUCUGAACUGAUCUAUCCUUUUAUGUCUUAACUAGACUUUAGGGCAGAGAUGGGGGAAAUUGUAACUCAUGAGCAACCUUCUGGGAGCCUUAUGCCAGUAGAGAGUGGGACCAGAGGCAAAAGUAGAUGGAGCAAUGGGUGUGUACAGUACAGCAGGCAACACAAAUGUCAUGGGUUUACACACACACACACACACACACACACACACACUCACUCCUCUUCAUCCUCUAUCCAAGGAAGCAAUAAGUAUUAUUGCUGUUUAAGGACAGAUUUCAGCCAAGCCAAAUACUCAUUUCGGGACAUUUAAAGCGUUCCUGACACCAAUAAUUAAAAACAAUCAUGAACAUAUUGUCACGGUUGCUUCAUUUGCUGGGCAUUUACCGUAUUUUUCGAUCUAUAGGACACACUUUUCCCCCUCCAAAAAUUAAGGGGAAAUGUGUGUGCGUCCUAUGGAGCGAAUGCAGGCUCCUUGGCUUCGCGUUGCUUUGGCUGAAGCAAGACUCUCCCGGCUUCAGCAGAGAGGGAGAGCUGCGCAGCGCCCCUUCAGCAAAGCGGGAGGAGAAAUGGAAGUGGCUCCGUUUCUCCUGCCGCUUCACUGAAGGGGCGCUGAGCAGAGAGGGGGAGAAUUUUUUUUUCUUGUUCUCCCCCUCUAAAACAAGGUGCGUCCUAUGGUCGGGUACGUCCUAUAGAGCGAAAAAUACGGUAGGCGUUCCAUGCAUGGUUUGCUACAGUUCAAGCAAGUGGAGUGCUGUAGGAUUUCAUGAGAGUCCGAAAGAGGAGAUGAGCCUUUUGAAAAUGGAUGGGAUUGAAACAACAUGCAUGUGCCCGGUUUUUAUGAACACUGACUCUGUAAAACUCCUUAAGGCAAUGUGCCCUUUGGUAGAGGUGGAAGCCAAAGCAUUAAUGGAAGGAAGACUUACUAACCAGAAAAUGAUUUUUCUUCCACGGUGGGCCAAAUUUCACCAACUUAUGAAGUGUUUGCCAGAACGUGCUUCUAAUACCGUCAUGAAUGCCGUCAUGUUGUUUCAAAUUAUUUAAAUGAUUAAACGAUUGGUUAAUUCCACAAUAUGAUGGGGGGAGGAAGGAUGGCUAUAGUAAGGGGUGUAGCUCAGGGCUAUAUAGAGAGAUUUGAGGGCCGCAUUCAGUUCCCAUCCCUGCUUUAGGAGACUGUUGGGACACAUCCCUUAGAAGGGGGGAUCCCUUAUUGCCCUGCAAGGUCAGGUUCUUCACAGGAUGGGGAAGUGAAGAAGCAUCUGGAUCUCUACAGGAUCAUUUUAUGUGAGCUGGUCAAGCCAAGGCAUCUGAACAAAGGAGUGAGACAACACUGCAUGCCAGAGAGACAGGCUGAUUUUUGUUCCUAUGGGCAGGUGAGGAAAAUGUAACAUGAGAAGCAGGUAGUAGGAACUAGAAUCUUAUAAUAACUACGCAGUUAGGAAUACACUGAGGCAAAGCAGACCCUGUCAGCUGUGCUCCGUUUUUGCUGUGUUCUGCAGAGCAAGUCAGCUAACAGAAAAUGGAGGCUUAACUGGGGACAAAUGGCAAUAACCAGUUGCACUGGGCAUGGGAUGGUGCAAGGCCAGUAAAGCUGAUUUGGCACAAGAAGGAGGCCCGUAGUUUUAGACACAGUCCAUUUAUUUACAUACUACAUAUGACAAACUCAGAAUGCAUUGUGCUCAAAGCAAUUCACAAAGGAGACAGUUUAAGAUCAGUGUUUAAUAAGUAAACAGAAUACGCUGCAAUAUACCAUAUACAUUUUAGCAAUUACAAUUUAUUUAUAACAUAUCAAAACAUACCAACAUGUCAGUUGACAGUAUCCAGUACCAUUAAUACUAGCAUUAUACCCAAAUUAAGGCACCUAGCAAUAAGAAAGCUUACCCACACCAAACUAACAGCUAAAAAGGAGAAAAAUAAUACAAACAAAGUCAAACUACUCUUUUUUUUUUUAAUUGAGAAGCAAAGCAGCUAGUAAGCCUGAUCUUUAUUAAAGCUGUUGCAACAGGGUUCCCCCCCCACGCAGGAGAGAGGAGGAGAACCCUGAACCAUGCGCACAAGCCCUUAUAUAGACUUUUGAACUGCUCACUCUGGAGCCCCAAACCACCCCUCCAUACAUCAUAAAAACAUCACAGAAGGGGUGUAGCCCAAGACCACCUCCAGUACAUCAUACAUACAUCAGAAGGGACGGUCUAAAACAGAAUCCUGUGUUGUUUAUCUCCUGUCUGCCAGGUUACCUGAUUGGAUUACCUGAGCAUCCUGGCCACUCUUUUGUUAUGAUAACUACUGGUACUCAAUUCAUAGCUGUCAACUUACAGAUUUGAAAGUAAGGGACCAGCAGCCUUGAAAAUAAGGGACCAGCAGCCUCACCUGUUCCAGGCACUCCAGUCUUUCUGUCCUCCUGCAGUCUGGUCAAACUCAUGCUGGGUAGCUUUGAGAACACUGUCCAACCAACUUUGUAACCAGAGGUUCAACUGAAUAGAAUCUGAAUCACAUGCACCACAAGGCCUAUGCAGCCUCAACUUAAGAUGGCUCCCCGGCCUGGCUUUGCACUGCAAAGUUUGCAGCAGCACGUGCAACAAAAUGGCAUCCAGCAUUCAAAACCCCCUCAGCUUGCAUUAACUAGCCACACACAAGGCAUGCAAGCUCCACCCCCCAGUCGUUCUUAGACUGCUUAUUGGGUGAGCAACACAGCCAAGCAACGCAGUUGGAGCCUCCCUCCUCCCUGGCCGGCAGGGAGUGAGGAAGAGGAGCUGCUUCCUUUGAAAUUUAAGGGACAGCAGCAGGACAUGGCGCUGGAAUAAGGGACUGUCCCUUCAAAUAAGGGACACUUGACAGCUAUGACUCAAUUCCUGAAUCCAGGCCACAGGCUCACCCUAUUCCAGGGGUCAGCAAGGCUUAUCGGGCACGCCAGAUCACUCCCGCAGAGAUCCUCCGUGGGCUAGGCCAGCGCAGCGCAAUGCCGGAAAUCGCAUCUGCGCAUGUCUGCGGCGCUGCGAAUUGCUUUUGCGCAUGCCCAGACGCCGGAAAGCGCACAUGCGCAGAAGCAAUUUCCAGAGCCACAGAAGAGAGUCCCUGCGCUGCGCUAAGUCAAACUACUCUUAGCCUCUAACCAAUCAUGCUACAUCACUAUGCACAAAUGCAACCAAGAUGUCCCAAUUAAAAGGGACAAUUUUUCCAGAUGAUACCCCCUCCCCUAACUUGACCCCACCUCUAGCUUUGAAAGAGAAGGCACAAUGACCACAAGGCACUUCAGACAACCCACCCUGUAAUAGAAGGAGACCCUUUUCUCACCAGGUUCCUGUAUCCUGAACCAAAACUCACGCUCAUGGAAAAACUCUGGUUCUAGACAGCACAGCACCAGAAGAGGCAAGAUGGAGAAAACUUCUCCCCUGCCAAAGGUUCUCACUGACAUGUAUUAGAUGCUCUAGCUCACCCUCACAGUGGUUUUGCUCCCAGAAGAUCUGUGGUCUGAGCCUGACAAGGAGGUUUUUAAGAGGUUGACAUUGCAAUCCUAUGAAUGUCUACUCAGAAGUAAAACCCAUUGAGUUCAUGGGACUUACUCACAGGUAAGUGUCCAGGAUUGCAGCCAAGGAAUUGUUCAGCACUGCCUAUUUGGUGAUUCUCAGCUCAUAUUUUCGCUGACCUUUCACUUGAAACUAUUGCACUUGAAAAAAACAAAUGCAAAACAUCAUGUUUGUUGUUUGUUCAAGUUAGUCAAUUUAUGGUGUUUAGGUGAAUUUUUUAAAAAAUGUUGGGUGUUGUAGAAAGAUGAUGUUCCCCUUAGCAAGGACAGGAAGUAGGUUGCUGUAUGGAUAGGACAUUUUUAGGGUCAAAUCAAGUCUAUUUCAGCAUGGCUGAUUCUUUCAAAGAAAGGGCUUUCUUGUUGAUCAGCAGCAAACACUCGAGGUUGUUAAGGCUGAAAGGCUACUAUGCUGAUUUUUAAAAUCUGUAAAUGUAGCAGUCCUUUCGCUCAGUAGCUCUGCACCAGUCACUAAUGCUCUUAUGCUCUCAAGAGGUGUUUCCAAGACUACUUUGGUGGAUGCCUCCAGUCACAACAUUUACUGGAAGGACCAGCAAAAAUUAUUUAAAUGAGCUAACAACAGGAGGGGUCCAUAAAUAUGACUGGCAGAGUUGACUCCAGUAUUCCUUGUUUGGGACUCCAAGAAUCUCAUGGGUUGGGAUAUAUAUAGCCUGGUGAACUAUCAUCGAUUGGGUUUGCUCAGGCUACGGCUCCCUGUACAGCAGAUGGGAAACUUGUGGUCCUUCAGUUUUCAGGCUACAAUUCCAAGAUCCCUGAACGUUGGUCAUGUUGGCUGGGAAUGAUGGCGGGCCACAGGUUCACCAUCCUUCCUCUACAGGCACAGAAGUUACUCUUUUUUUGCUGUAAGUAUUAGGAAUCUGGCCUCUUGUCUUUACCUGGUCAACAGAGGAAUAAUUUGUCUUUCCUGUGUUUCAGGCUCUGGCUACCAGCUCAAGCUAGAGAGUUUUCUAAGAACCUUAGCUUGAUUGCCUAGAUCAGAGAUGAGGAGUCUGUAGCCCUCCAGAUGAUCACAGACUCCAGUUCCCAUCAGCAUUAUGACUGAUGGUCAGAGAUUAUGGGAGUUGUACUCCAGCAACAUUGUAAAGAUCUAUCUUUUUGCCCUGGCUUUCACCGACCCUUAAGAUUGUUUUUGUUUUAAUUCUCAGAACUGCUAUUUUAGAUGCUUUUAUACUACUGUUACACUGCUGAUUUUAUGUUGUAUUCUUGUUUUAAUGAUGUACACCAAGUAGAUACUAGUUUUUAAAUAUUAAGUGGUUUAUAAAUGCUUUUAAAUAAAUGAAUAAAUAAAACAAAUGGAGGGCCUGCUCUAGAUUUCGAUAUAGCUGUCCAGAGCAUCAGACUGACCCAAACAUUUCUCCAGUAUUGAAGUUUUCAGCCCUAUCAACAACAUAUUCCAUUGGGUCCUAUUUAAUGCCGACAGUGGUGUAUUUCAGAUCUUCAGAGGCAAGGUUAAUAUGGUAUUCUCAGUAGAAAGAAACAUGGUCUCUUCAUAACUGUCUUGACUGCCUGGAUUAUGUUGGUUUCAUUCAAAAACAAUGAUGAAUUGGUCAAUAUAUUGUUUAAAAGAUUUAAUUGUACUCUGCUGAUAUUGCUACUUUGUUUGAGCCAACAGGUCAGUCCAUAGUGGGAUGCAAAGCUAUCUUGAUUGAUGAUCAGGUUUUUGUGGUGGUGGCUCAGCUUUUCGGUGGCUCACACAUUUAUAAGUAUGAGGAAGGCUGGACAAAGUUUGUCAAAUUCCAGGACAUAGAAGUUUCCCGCAUUUCAAAGCCGAAUGACAUAGAACUCUUUCAGAUAGAGAGUGAAACCUUUUUUGUCAUCGCAGAUAGCUCAAAAGCUGGUCUGACGACAAUUUAUAAAUGGAACAACAAGGGAUUCUACUCUUACCAAUCCUUGCAUGAAUGGUUCCGGGACACAGAUGCUGAGUUUGUUGAUAUAGAUGGAAAAUCUCAUCUAAUCCUGUCAAGCCGCUCACAGAUUCCCAUUAUCCUUCAAUGGAACAAAAAUUCCAGAAAGUUCCUCCCACACAGUGAGAUACCCAACAUGGAAGAUGUGUUGGCUGUGAAAAGCUUUCGAAUACAGGACAACCUCUACCUCUCACUUACAAGAUUUAUAGGCGACUCCAGAGUAAUGAUGUGGAAUACCAAACAGUUUGUGGAAAUCCAAGCUCUGCCUUCCCGGGGAGCCAUGACCCUUCAGCCGUUCUCCUUUAAGAAUCAUCACUACCUAGCCCUGGGAAGUGACUACACCUUCUCCCAAAUAUUCCAGUGGGAUAAUGAGAAGCAGCUCUUUAAAAUAUUCAAGGAAAUCUACGUGCAGGCACCCCGUUCAUUCACAGCUGUGUCAACCGAUAGAAGAGAUUUUUUCUUUGCUUCCAGUUUUAAAGGCCACACGCAAAUAUUUGAACACAUAAUUGUUGACUUGAGUUUAUGA